AAAGGAUGAAAAUAAAGUGCCAUUUAUAGCAUGGAAAAUGCGGUACAUGUUUUUCAAAAGUGAUAGGUCGAUACAACUACAGAAUGUCUAUUGUUUUUUUGGGGUCAUCAGCCUCUAAUCUUUUAGUUCUGGGCUUGUUAGUUUGGUUGUUUUGUCUGUCGUGUUUCUGCUAGGACAUACAAGAUCCAUGUGCUACUGAUGAGAUAUGCUCAUUUAGAAAAUAAGUUUUAACACAAUUAGUCCAUACUAAAACCUCUGAAAAAUAUCCCAUCCCCACGCACUGCUCCCUGGGUGCUUUAGCUGGCCCCUGCUCACUUUGGUGAUGGGUAAAAUGCAGAGGUCACAAUGACAAGUAAUUCACUUUUUCUUUUUUUUAAUGAUUGUCCUCCAUUCGCAAGGUGGGAGAUGGAGCCUGUUUUCUUUGUACAAGACACUUGACACCACGUCAUCUAUGUCCCGUCCCAUUAGAGGAUAGAUGACUGCAGAGCUCACCAAUGAAGGAAGUAGUCAUGAAUUAUUCCGUUUACUCUCAAAGUGUAUUUACCACUGCUGCUGUCUCACCCUGAUCUGCUGUUGCCGCUCCACAGGCGUGCACAGAGGGCGGUGCCGACCCUCCCUCCCUCUCCCCCCCCACGCCCCCGAAAACUCUGGCUGUUUGGAGCUGCAGGGACAGACGCUCCUCACAGGAUGGAGAUGUUGGACGGUGAUCUGCGUCACGGUCAACGAGAAACACCAUCACCAUACUGUGCCAUGUUUGGAAUCGAAGAGAAAUGCUCCGUGUGUUGAGGCUCUGCGUGGCUCGCGAUGAGACGCCGAUCUUCGCCGCAGCCCUGGGACCUGAGGGCGCUCUGGGUCUUGGCUGUGACCGCCCUCAUCAGCGCACCGACACCCGGAGGUUCCGCGCUGCCGCCGCUGCAGGAUCCUGAGGGUUUUCUGGAAAAGUAUGGCUACCUUCAUCAGGACAACCAUAUCCACAAUUCAGUAGAGAUGAAGACGGCGGUUCGUGAGUUCCAGUUGCUGUACCGGCUUCCCAUCACGGGUGAACUCGACAGUGCCACCUUGAGGCAAAUGGCGGAGCCUCGUUGCGGGGUGACGGAUGAGGGCAGCCAGGAGAUGUGGGCACAGAGAGUAAACAGCAUCUUUAGUGGAAAAAGGUCCAGUGGACGAGCUACGGGCCGCAGGAGGCGCUCUGUUGCACAAGCUGAAAAGUGGUACAAGCGUCACUUGACGUACCAGAUUGUGAACUGGCCUCUCCAUUUGUCCCUGGGCUCUGUGCGUCUGGUGGUACGUGCUGCUUUCCAGCUCUGGAGCAACGUGUCAGGCCUGGUGUUCCAAGAGGUUCCUGAAGGGCCUGCAGACAUCCGGCUGGCAUUUUAUAAGGGAGACCACAACGACGGGGCCAGCAAUGCCUUUGAUGGACCAGGGGGAACUUUGGCCCACGCUUUCCUGCCCCGUCGGGGCGAAGCCCACUUCGACAUGGCAGAGAGAUGGACUCUGAACGGACACAAAGGGCACAACCUGUUCAUGGUGACGGCCCACGAGAUCGGACACACUUUGGGGUUGGAGCACUCACCAGUGCGUCAUGCGCUCAUGUCACCAUACUACAGGAAACUGGGACGAAACCUGGUACCCAGUUGGGACGACAUCAUCGCGGUGCAGCAGCUGUACGGUAAGCCAUCGGGUGAGCGUCCUGUGAGGUUGCCAGGUCAAGUUUUACACGCUACGCUGCAGCAGUGGGAGUUUACGGAGCUUCAUGACAGUCGCAGACCCUCAGACCAACCCCUCUACUGCCAGGGGGUCUUCGAUGCCAUCACUGUGGACCAGAAUGACACCGUGCUAAUCUUUCGUGGCAGUGUUUACUGGACAGUGUCAGCAGACGGCAGGGUUAACGGUCCAAUGUCUCUCCGUCAGCGCUGGUCCAACCUUCCUCCUGCCAUAGAGGCUGCUGCUUUCUCUCCUCUGGACUCCAAGUUGUACUUUUUUAAAGGGAAGAGGAUGUGGCGAUACACGAGCAACGUGUUGGACUCUGGUUUCCCCAGGAGGAGCAGUGAACUCGGGCUUCCCAGUCACCCGGACUCAGCUUUCUUCUACUCACCCCUGGGUCACCUGGUCCUCUUCAAAGGCUCCCGCUACUAUGUGCUAAACCUCAGGACCCUGCACCAGGAGCCCUACUACCCCCGGAGGCUGACAGACUGGACCGGUGUCCCUCAGGGGACUAACGGGGCCCUGACCCGUCCAGGUGGGCAUCUCUAUCUGUUCAGAGAACAGCGCUUCUGCACUUUUGACCCAGCCAAAGUACGGGUGAUCAGAGAGGGUCAGUGGGCCAAAGAUCUGAGCUGGACUGGCUGCAGUAGUAUGCUACAGAGCAAUAACAUUCUUUGACCACUAGACGGAGUUGUAAGCUUUACAAAGACAAAGUGCAAUUUCUUGGUUGUUUUUUUUUUUUGUUUUUUUUUCAAAGCUACAAAUCGACACAGGUUUGUAAACAAAACAUGUAACACCGUUCAGAUUUCGGCUCCUCUUGUUUGUACAGUUUUGAAAGCACAUACAGUAGUUAUAUAUCACAUAUAUAUAUAUAUAUACAUAUAUGUAUAUAGUUUCACUUAUCACCACAACAUAGAGCUACAACCAUUAUUUUUCAUCAAUAAUUUUAAAGAUAAAUAUAAAUUUAAUUUGUAGUCAUUUGUGCCACAAAAGGCGAAAAACUUUUAAAAAAAAAUCUAGAUUUGGUCCGUAUUUUCAAAUACUUAAAUACCAUAGAGGAGCAAAAAUGGAAAUGUCAUAAUCAGAGACGUUUAAUUUAUUUAAAAAUAAUAAUACAAAAAAAAAAACAAUCACUGAUUAAUGUAAAGGUCAAAGGCGUCAUUGCAGCCGUGAACAACAAGGUGAAAGACAUUUUUGGCUGAUAAAAAACAGAUGUCGUGAAUUUUGAAAACAAUUUUUACAUUGUAGUAUUUGCACAAGGACUAGUAAAACUUGUAUCAUCGCUUCCGUGUUGUCACCUGAUAUGUAAGAUAUUGUAUAAAGAAUUAAAACUUUCGGCUCUCGUGAACUUCUCUGUGUAGUGGGACAACUUUUUGGACCAGUACAGACAAAUACUUAUUUCCUUUUAAUGCUAUCAUUUGUGAAAGUAAUUGGCUUCAUUUUGUUAAAUGCUUAACCUUGGUCAAGCUUUAUUUGAUGUUUUCAAAUGUCAACUAUUUUAAAUUAGCGUGAGAAAAAAAGUAGCGGCUUACAGACCGGAAGUUGUUUUUUUCUGGU